AGCAAACUUCGAUUUGCAUCAUCAACGUCUGCGUCACAACCAGUUAGGCAUUCUUGCAAAGAUGAAAGAACCCUAUUUAUUAGCGUCGAAGAUUCAAGAUGGCGUAUGACAGCGCGAGAUGCAGGUAAACAAGGAGCCAUGUGAAGUGACUGCUGAUGGAGACAUUCUAUUUGGCAACGGCAAGCGGAUAGUACAGCAGCCAUGGUAUGAUGUGCAAGAGCACUAUGAGCCAGUAGCAUGUGACCUGCCAUCAUCAAAUUCCAACCUCAUGUCCAAGAGUUCCAGGACAGGUGUACCUAUUCCUGCACCAAGAAAAUGUAACAUGGCCGCAAAGGAAUCUAGUCGCGAGUCAUCUUCGGUCAAGGCAAUUCUGGACAGAUUUGAGCAUAACAAUGAUGGGGUAAAUGCCAAUGCUGAUCGUAAUGCGAAAAGAACGGCACAUUCAAACAAAAUCGCAACAAAUCGUCCCACCAGUUCCGCUCCUGGAGCUCAUGGCAAGGUGAUGCGAAACAGGAAGGUUCUGAGCAAUGCCUUGUCACUGGAAGAUAUCAGCGAAGGCGAGUGCCUUGAGUUAAAGCUAAGUGAACGGCUGCGUGCGCAGGUCAACGAGGACCUAGCGGCAGCCGGUCUCGAAGGUGACAAUCAACUGCUGAUACUGGACGAAUGUGGCAUCAAUCUCACGACAGCCAAACCCUCGCGCCAACGUGCGUGUCGUGAUUUACAGACACCCACGCUCCAGCAGUCUGCUCUCACACCCGCAUCUAAAUCCAAACAGAAGUCCGGUCCGUGCUUCGACGUAUUGGCCGCGGUUCUCGCCGAUGUAGUACGUGACUGCGUUGAUGGAAAGGUAGAGACCUGCGGCCGUAGUUCGUCACCGUCGCUGUCACCGUCUUUGUCACCGACGUCGUCAUUGCAUUCUGACUUUGUUCACCUUGUAUGUGACAACACAAACAUUGCUGUCCCCUUGCAAGAUUCAGUGCAGGGUGAGUCAUCAUCUCGGAAUGUACCGAAAGAACACCUACCGUCUUCUGCCAAAUUACACGUAUCAGAUCGUGUCGCGUUGUGGGGUCAGAGUGCCGAGCGAUCGCAGAGACAGAGAGUCAUUUCGUCGGCCGUGUGUGAACCCGCUGUCAUCACUGACCAUGUUCCACCCUCUUCUACACAUUUACACGUGUCGGACAGCGCCGCGUCUUUUGGUCAGAGUGGCGAACGAUCACACAGACUCACCUCAGCAAAUGUUUGUGAACCUGCCGUAGUCUUUGACCAUGUUUCACUGAUGCACGAGCCUUUAGAAAACUCUCAAAUUAAUCGGGUGUGCGCCGGUUCAGCAGGAGUAAUAAAAAAAUCUGGCGACGAUGUAAGUGAAAGAUCAACUGCUCCGUCUUUGUUGCUGUCGAUGCAGAAUGAGCGCGAUCCACGAGAAUGUGGAGCAUCCAUUCGGCUUGAUAGUAAUCCUUUUCCUCGCAGCACAGAAGAAGCCACCUCUCCCGACGCCGGCGUGAUCCACGCCGAUCCGCAUCGCGUCGCAACUCGCCGAAGUUCUCGAUUCUCGAAAAGCUCCUCGCUCGAUUCACGAGUGAACGCCUACGCGUGCUGCCACUGCCGCUGCCACGGAGACGACUCGGCGACAACGCAUAUCAGCUCAGUGCGACCGCUUGGUGACGAAUGGAAAGACGCUCAUGUGGUCACCACUGAGCGUGCAGUGACCGAAGGUAACGAGGCUGCAGCGGACAGCGGACUGACGAAGAUAAGCGUCGCGCAUGCCAACAAACAUUCCGUCGAGGACAUAAGACGAGUUCCCGACAAAAUCUACUGUGCAAUAUGCAAGCCGAAGGGCGAGCGGAAAAUAACGACCGAGAGAGUUCGGAACGGUAUGCACAAGCGGAUUCCGCACAGAGUCGUCGCAGUUCUGAGUGAUGCAACGCAGCCUCUCGACACGGAGGACAGCAGUGGUAGCGAUUCAGAUUAUGGUGUGUACGAGCCGAUGAAUGAGGAGCGGAAAUUUCUCGAGAACCUAAAGCUAGCGAGCAUCCAGCCCAUGCCAGCAGUUCAUGCUGAAGGCAGUGUCCUCAUGGGUAACUCUCCAGGACGAGAGCCACUUGAUCACAACCCUGAUGUUAGCACCGACACAAAAAAUAACUGCAUUCCGGCCCGGACUGAAAUCAGUAGAAGCGGGUACGAUCACUCACUAAAGCAAGACAAAAUCCUUCCCAAUGACCGAGUGCCCGAAGCUCAACAAUCGCAUGUUGAUGUGGAAGACAAAUCGCCUGCAAAUUCUUCUAGUGAAAUUCGCGAUGUGGGUUUGGCAAGGAACAGCAUACACUCCACAUCGUCGCAACACAUACACCAGCGUGCCGGUGUUUCCUCUGAGGCUCACAUAGAUGGAAACCCACUGUACGAGGCUUCCUUUUUCCAAGAAACACCUUCUCUUGCGGAAUCCAUGCCAGCUGAACAUAUCUAUGAGGCGGUCAGCGUGACCAUGACACAUUCAUCUGGCAAGCAGGAGCGUUCGUGUUCACCUGACAGCAACGAUCCAGGCUACGCAGAGAUAAAUUCCACACUGCUGGGAGGAGACGAUACUCUGUCAGUGGCAGUGCAAACAGGUCAGAAAGUGCGUUCAGAACCGGUCUACGCCAUGGUAGACCGAAGCAAGAAGACGCCUCGGAAGCCAGUGAGCACCGGCAACACGUCUCCAUCCUCGACACCAGCUCCUGUAGCUGCUAACGGAGGAGCAGACGUGCGAAGGUUGACGGACGUGGCGCCCUCCCUUCCUCGCGAGCAGCCCCCACCCUUACCCGAGAGACAGAACGUGGAGGGCACUGCAAGGUCGCACGACAGCACAGUUACUUCCCACAGUAUUAGCAAUGGACUGCAACAGGAGCGGUCUGUGUCACACUCCUUUCGCACAAGCAUUAGUGACAAGGCGAAACAGGCAAAGGGGUUGAAGAUGUCAUUUGUCAAAGAUUUAUUCUACAAGAGAAAAAAGACGCAGCGAGAUCGGUCGAGUCUGUAUCUCGACGAUGGCGUUCUACACGAUGCACCAAAGCCAACUGAAAGAAAGUCGAUGCUCAGCAAGCACCACUACAAGCAUGGUGACCACAUUAUGAUGAUGAGUCCAGGCAGGGUCGUAGGCAGCUUGGUAGCUAUAAAUCCCGACGGCACGCAAUAUGUCGAGCUUACGCGACCCUUCACGGGACCGUACGGAUUUUACGUCGCACAGGCAAACACCGAGGACGGCAUAGGCAUAUUCGUGUCGCGAUUUCUGCCGGAGCAUGGUAAGCUACUCAGCGGACUUCUGGAGGUGGGAGAUGAGAUACUGAGAGCUGACGGCCGAACGCUGCGCGGCAUGUCCCUUGAUGACGUCUAUCAGAUGCUGGAGGACAAGCAAACUAUCACGCUCAAGGUGCUUCCUUAUAAGGCGAGGCAAGACCACGUGUCUGUCGAUUUGUGAGGUGAGACGGGAGAACGUCUCUCUCUCUCU